GAAAACGGUUAUUUUCAAGUUAACAUCCUGUAUAAUACGAUUUACCAACAAUUGUAACAUAACCUCAAUUAUAUAAUUCAAGUAAAAAGAACUCAAAUUUUAAAAUAUGAAACGAGCUCUUGGUUUGGAGAUGGAAAAUCUUACAAAGAAAGUAACUCUUGUAAAUCGUAACAAUGAACCUUGUGGAGUGCAACUCGUUAACAGUGUGGCUGUGGGUAAAAGAUCACCAAAUGAUCUUGUAGAAUUGGCUGUUGAAAUACAAAAGGCAGAUAAUUUUAUACAUGCAAAUGCUUGUAAUAAGUUACAAAUUAUAGCGGAACAAAUUAGAUUUUUACAACAGCAAGCAGAAAAUGUACUUAGAGAGACGAAACUGAAUUUAGACCUUCACCAUGCGGCUUGUAAUUUUGUUAAGGUUCCUGGAAACAUCUAUCAUUUGUACAAGAGACCAUCAGGACAGGAAUAUUUUAGCAUGUUGUCUCCCCAGGAAUGGACAAACAGUCCACAUCCGUACUUGGGCAGUUUUCGAUUAGAACAUGACCAAUCUUGGACCCCAUGUGAAGCAAUUAAUCAAAAAGAUUUAGAAUUGUCUGUAAUUAAUAAGAUAUUAACACAUGGUGAACAUAAUAUUAAUAUGAUGCCAAUGCAUACUUUACCACAUGUUAGUCAAUAGAGGGUUAUUUAGGUGUUUAUGUUAAACCAGCCAGUAACCAUUGCUAUAUUGAUACCGAAAUUCUGUGAUGAGUUUGUGUAAAGCUACUAUUUUGGUUAUUAUAUUGUCUUAAAUUUUUAGAUAAUUAUUGUAUUGAAAUGUUUAUGCAGCAACUGGUUUGUGUGUAAGUUCCUUUUAGAUAGUUUUUUUAAGACAAUUCAGACUAAAAAAAUAUGCCCUUUUUUGUGUGAUUUGUUGGAUGUAACACGUAAAUGUUUGUAAAUAAAUAAAUGAGUAGUAGGUAUAGUAGUGUACAUUUUUUAUUAUCAUUAGUAUAGUGACAUGCCUUUGCUUUAUUAUCAAUAUCUAUUGUUUUGUUAUUAUGGAUCUAAAAGAUGUAAUAGGCAAGUUAGUAUGUGCUAUUGGGUGAUGUUUUAUAAAAUAAAGGUUCUUCUUAAUUGUGUCCAUUCUACUAAAAAUAGUUCAACAUCAGUUUUGUUGACCAACAUAAUUUAGGAAUUUGAAUGGUUCAUUUUUCUUUAAAAGGCCGGGAGUCUGCUAGCGCAUUUUAUGUUUUAUUUUCGCGAAUGGUUUCGGAGCGUGCCCUUGUCAGUUAAAUGCGUGUGAAAGUUGGAAGCGCCAGAGACUCGUGACUUAUGACGAAACUAACUAG